AUGCCGAAGCAGGCGACAUUGGAGUCACUGUUUGUCGGUGCACCGCCGACCAAGCGUGCUCGUGUGGAUGAGGAUGCUUCGUCGGCCUCGGUAGUCCCAAGCGACAAGGGGCGUGACAAAGCGCUGGCUGCCAUGGAAGCGCACGCCGUGGCGGCGAAGGUAAAAGAGGUGGCAGGCGAGACGACUGUGCCGAAAGGCAAGCCGAUCACAUACGCCACAUUGGUGGACACGUUCAGCAAAGUAGAAGCGACGACGAAGCGACUGGAAAUCCUGCAGCUCGUCACGGAUUUGUUCGUGCAAGUGAUGAAGCAGAGUACAGCGCAGCACCAGCCUCUCCUAGCUGCGAAAGAAAAUCUACUCACGUCAGUGUACUUGUGCAUCAAUCGACUAUGCCCUGACUACGAAGGACUGGAGCUCGGUAUCGGUGAAGGCCUUCUUAUCAAGGCCAUUGCGCAGAGCACGGGCCGCGAAAUGGCACGUAUCAAAAAAGACUUUGAGGCCAAAGGCGAUUUGGGCCUCGUUGCUCUCGCUUCGAAGAAGCACCAGCCCACGAUGUUUGCAGCGCAGGCAUUGACAGUGCCUUCCGUGUUUAAGCAGCUGAAGGAGAUUGCCGCAGCGUCAGGCGCCAAGUCGCAAGACAAGAAACUGGGCAUCAUCAAGCGACUGUUGGCGGCGUGUACAGGCGAAGAAAGCAAGUACUUGAUUCGCAGUUUGGAAGGCAAGUUGCGUAUUGGUCUUGCAGAAAAAACAGUCUUGGUUGCUGUAGUGCAAGCUGUGAUGCUCGUACGCCUGGGGAGCGAAGCGAAGCGUAUGGACGAAGAGGCAUUGGCAGCGCAGUUGGAGCAGGGCACAUUGAUUGGUAAGGCUGUGUUCAGUGAGCUGCCUUCGUAUGACUUGCUGAUUCCUGCGCUGCUCGAGUAUGGCCCCGAGGGACUUCGUGCGCACUUGAAACUUACACCUGGCAUCCCGCUGAAGCCCAUGUUGGCGAAGCCAACCAAAGCCAUUGGCGAGGUGCUGGACCGAUUUGAAGGGCAGACAUUCACGUGUGAAUACAAGUACGAUGGAGAGCGAGCGCAGGUGCAUGGCUUUUAUGCAGACAAUGGCACAUUGCAAGUGCGUGUGUUCAGCCGCAACUCGGAGGAUAUGAGCAUGAAAUACCCCGAUCUGGUAGCCCAGAUCCCACACUGCCUGACGCCAGCGGUGCGCAGCUUUGUCCUGGAUGCGGAAGCUGUGGCAUGGGAGCCAGCGGCAGAGGACGAGAAGCAAGCGCCUGGCCGACUGCUACCGUUCCAGGAGCUGAGCCGGCGGAAACGCAAAGAUGUCAAAGCAGAAGAUGUGCGUGUGGCUGUCAAGUUGUUUGGCUUUGAUCUGUUGUACCUGAACGGCGAGCCGUUGUUGCAAGAGACGCUACAGCGACGGCGCGAGCUGUUGCGGGAACAUUUCCAGCCGGUUGUCAACGAGUUUGACUUUGCAACGCAUCGCGACUGCACGACGACGGAGGAGAUUCAGACGUUCCUGGACGAAAGUAUCGUGCAUGGAUGUGAAGGUCUCAUGGUCAAGAUGCUCACGGGCGCAGACGCGACGUAUGAGCCCAGCCGCCGCUCGAUCAACUGGCUCAAGCUGAAGAAGGAUUACCUUAGCGGUACAGGCGAUAGCUUGGACCUUACGGUGAUUGGCGGCUACUAUGGCCGUGGUAAGCGUACCAACGUGUAUGGCGCUUUCCUAUUGGCCUGCUACGACGAGGACAGCGAGACGUACCAGAGCAUUUGCAAGAUUGGCACGGGCUUCUCGGAAGCUGACUUGGAGUCGCACUACCAGACGCUCAAAGAGCUGGAAAUCCCGGUGAAAAAGGGGUACUAUGACUUGGGCGAUGCCAAGCCAGACGUGUUCUUCGAGCCCAAAAUCGUAUGGGAAGUACUCACAGCCGAUCUGUCCCUCAGCCCCGUCUACACGGCGGCCCGCGGCAUGAUUGAUGCACGUGGGAUCUCGCUGCGCUUCCCCCGCUUCCUUCGCAUUCGUGACGACAAACCCCCGGAACUCUCGACCACGCCCGAGCAGGUGGCUAGUAUGUAUCGAGCCCAAGCCAUUGCGAGCAAAGGCUCACGUGGUCUGGACGACGACGAUGGGUUCUGGUAG